UGGGUGGUGAGGGGGUGGAGGGCUCUGAAUGAUGCUGCCGCUCAGGAUAAUGAGAAUCUAUUGUGUUGGUGACGUCACUGAUCCCAGGUGUGGCACAUUGAGAGGAGGGAACAGGUAGGCUAUCGUAGUCCUCGGCUUGCAGACAGACGGCAGUAUUUACAGACAGUUCUUAAAACACUGUACAGUGGCUGAGCAGACGUGGGAGGCAUCAGAGGUUUGUUUGGGCCGCGGAAGGAAGUUUCAUGCAGGAAAAAGCACUGAAAGGUCUAUAAUUAUCCACAAGUGGUCUAUUUUUUUUUAUCCCGGUCUCACGGGGACGGUCGGGGUUUGAAGAAGACUCAUCGGGUUGUCUGACUACGUGGAGGAAUGGUGUUAAAAACGCCAUUGUACAGUUUAACUCAGAAUCUGUCUUUGAACAUGCACUUUUCAGCUCAGCACAUUGAGCUGUUUGAGUCAGUUUAGCCGGAUCAAGUGUCUCUGCGUGGGACCGCCUGGAGUCAUCUGCACUCUUCCUGUUGAAGGUUUAGGACAGUAGCAGUGAUGGACGACUAUGACGUUGAGCAGCAGGAGCCGUUACCCGUGGACCGCGAUGGGAGAGAGUUUAGGAUUGAAGAGGACCAGGCUGAUGGUAACAGGAAGCUGGGAUGCUGUGAGAAGUUCCAGCAUACUGUGUCCAAGUGGAUGCUUCCAGAAGACUUGCGCAGCAAGUACCUGGAACGUGCCAACUGCUGCCCACCCCCCAUCUUCAUCAUCCUCAUCAGUAUUGGAGAGUUGGCAGUGUUUAUCUACUACGCUGUGUGGAAGCCUCAGAAACAGUGGGUGACCCUGGAUGAAGGCAUCUGGACCAGCCCUCUGACCUACAAGCCUGAGAGCAGGCAGGAAGCAUGGCGCUUCUUCUCCUACAUGUUUGUCCACGCCGGUGUGGAGCACAUAGUGGGCAACCUGGUGAUGCAGCUGCUGCUGGGGAUCCCGCUGGAACUGGUCCAUAAAGGGUUUGAAGUGGGAAUGGUUUACCUUGCCGGCGUCCUGGCUGGCUCUUUGGCCAGCUCCAUCUUUGAUCCUCUCAGUGCACUGGUGGGGGCCUCUGGGGGUGUUUACGCCCUAAUAGGAGGCUAUUUUAUGAAUGCAGUGGUGAAUUUCCGAGAAAUGAUUCCCCUCCUUGGAGUGUUUCGCAUCCUCGCCAUAGUGAUAUUUGUCGGCACGGAUUUUGGAUUUGCCUUCUACAGAAGAUUUGUCAAUCAUGAGGAUGGUUUGAAUGUGUCAUUUGUGGCUCAUUUUGGAGGAAUUGUGGCAGGGAUGACCAUUGGUUACAUCUUCUUCAGUGCUUACAACAAGAAGCUACUCAAGGACCCACGCUUCUGGCUGUGCAUAGUGGGCUACAUAGUCUUUGUGCUCUUUGCUGUGCUCUUCAAUAUCUUUCUCACACCAGCACCGUAGGGAGUAUAAAGCUGCAGCUCCAUCAGCUGUACAACAAAAUGCCACACUCAGGAAACUGUAUUUUACAGAUGUACUUUUGUGUUUUGUGUAGUGUACAGUUUUUUUUUUUCUUUCAAUUUUAUCUCUUUCUACAGUUGAAUUUAUGAGUUCAAGUGGAAGUGUUCCCCCUGCUGUUUAUGUGGAGCAUUGCAAAAUGCAUAUCUUUUGAUUUUAGACAAAGUUGAUAAUGAAAUGUGCCUUUUUAUAAAUAUUUCUCUUAUUCCAGAUAUGAUCUUUGCUGUUGCUUUGUCUAGUUUGUUUGAAAGAUUUUAGAAUUUUUUGUACUUUUCAUGAUAAAUAUAAUGAAUGAACACACUGGUCCUAGUUUUGAAAAUGCUGUAACUUUGGAAAACCAAGGAAUCCAAGGAACUUAUGGCCAGACUUUUGUGGUAUAACAUUAUGCUUCUUUGUACUGUUAAUUUUCCGUUGAAUCAUCAGGUCAGGUCUGUUAUGGACUUCCAGUAUUCCUGAACAUGUGCCUGAAACACAAUGAAAUCCCUCAAACAGUAGAUCUGACAAAGGUAUCACAUUUGUUCAGUCAUGUUGGUUGGGUGUUGUAUGGCAUCACUGACAAAAAGAAAGAGAACAAAGAAGUCUCAGGGGAAAAGGGCUGAAUGUCCAAAAUGUUGGUAUUGCCAUUUCUUUUUGUAACCACUAGAGCUGGUUUACCAUCAGGCCUCGGCUUAACGCCAUGUUAUUGUUUCAGUCACAUCCUGUUGACAGGAUGAGGCUAAUUACAUGUCGAGUUGUAAAACUAUUGAUUAAAUUCAAAGUCAUACUUAUUGUUAUUGUUUUUCUUUAAACCAGGAAACAUUAAAUCAGCUUUUAACAUAAACAUCCAGCUUUUGGAAAAAACAUCUAUUGUAAUUGUUAGUACAAUUAAACGAUGGUUGAUAUUACUUAACUACCUUUAACUCUAAAUGUAAGUUAUAGUUUUCUGCUCCAUAAGUCUAUAAUGAAAAUUUUAAUAUUACUGUUUUAUAUCUGGUGUAACAAGGAGUAUCAGCUACCAGUUGGGAUUCAGAAGCAGAUAUUAUUUUUGAAAAUGUAUUUAAUUUAUCUAAGAUUUACAGGGAAACUACAACCAAAGACCAAACAGACCUUCGAAAUGUGGUUGUACAUUUCCACAGCUCAAUGUUCAUCAUAUUUUUAAUGAAGCUAGAUGUUUUUAUAUGUAUUUAUUUGUGAAACUGAAUCUGACCUCCUGCUGAUACAGGACAAGUCUAUUGAUCAACAGAAUUAACAGUGAAGGUGCUGCAGGGACUCAUGACAUGUAUUUGAUUGUACCCUUGUGGAAGUGACUGCUUUUGCUCUUUUACAGUAUGUGGAAAGUUCCAUAGUUCAUUCAGUCCAUCAAUAGUCAAUUAUUACAAACUUGUUUGUCUCCAUCCUGAAACAGUGGGUAAUGCUAUAUUGCCUUAUGUAGAGUUGCAUUAGAUAAAUGUAAUGACAUUAGAUAAGAUGGCUAACAUUUCACUUUUUGUCUCCUAUAUUAAAUAUUUGCCUCUAAGCUGUCA